CUAACACACCGAAGGGAAAGCUACUACGACCUUCCUUCCUUGCUCGGAGCUGCCAUCUAACAAUUUGCCAAUUUCUCAUCGUUGCCGCGAAACCAUUCAUUCCGAUGAAUGAACUGCCGACAACCUAAAUUAAUCUAUAAUGCACCAACAAAUGUGUUCAGGGUGCCUUGAACGGCGAAUUCACUUCGACUUCUCCCAAAAGUUAAUCUUCUCGUAUGGCAUCUCCUCUUCUGUUCAUCCUUUCAGCUCUACUGCCGUCGUUCAGAUGGUGUAUGCCGAUGGGGAAGCUUCACCUCAGUUUUUGUUAACCUGUGUACUGAAUUCCACUGACUAUUGCUUGAGGAAGUACAUCGAGGAAUUGUACGAAGAAGGUCGUGAAACUAAAGUUGCCGGUGUGAUUUCCUCUGCACACAAUGAAGUAACUUUAGCUGAUCUGGGUUGCGGAGAUCCAAAAUGUAGAUUUUCUUGCAAGUUUUCUUGCUAUAGAACAAUUACUUCUUUGGCUCCAAUUGCUCAGGUUGGGAUCUCAUCGGACUCUACUUUUGAAGAUAUCGUUUUGAACUUGGUAUCUGGAUUUCCCGAAGACAACAUCUUAAAUUCACUUACAACUUUGAUUGAAGGAAAAGCUUCCCCAAGAGAGAGUGUAAAUUUUCUGCAUUUACUUGGUAUACCUUCAUUCAGGGAGAAUGAUUUCCCUGGUUGUCUGAGGCACCCUAACUUAGCCCCUAUAUUGGGGAUGGUAAAAGCAUCCGAAUACACGGGUAUUCUUCUUCCCAUGACACCAUUUACUCUGGAAAACAUUCUUCACUUUUCCCCUGGAGUGUUCAAGUCUGAAUGGCAUAUACAGUUCUUAAUUUAUCAGCUUCUAUCUGCUUUGGCACACAUUCAUGGCCUUGGAGUUUCCCAUAGUAAUUUAUGUCCAUCCAAUGUAUUCUUAACUGAUUUCUGCUGGUCUUGGAUCCACGUCAUGGAUGGCUCUCAGUUGGACUCAUGCCAGAGUUCAAGCUGUAGUGAAGUAUCCAAUGUUACUGGCUGUUGCAUGGAGGAUUGUGUUUCUCAAGGAGUUUUCACGGACAUAAGGUUUUCACAGACUUUGGAUUGGCAUUCUGCCUUCCAAAGCUGGUGGAGGGGAGACUUGAGCAAUUUUGAUUAUCUUCUUGUGCUAAAUAGAUUGGCUGGAAGAAGGUGGGGGGAUCACUCGUUUCAUCCAGUAAUGCCUUGGGUUAUAGAUUUCAGUACAAAACCGGAUGAGAAAAAUGACGCAGGAUGGCGAGAUCUAAGGAGGAGCAAAUGGCGGUUGGCAAAAGGUGACGAGCAGCUGGACUUCACAUAUUCAAGUUCUGAGAUCCCACAUCAUGUGUCAGAUGAAUGCCUAUCUGAACUGGCUGUCUGCAGUUAUAAAGCAAGGAGACUACCACUGAGAAUUUUGCGUAUGGCUGUUCGGUCGGUCUAUGAACCAAACGAAUAUCCUUCUUCCAUGCAAAGGCUUUAUCAGUGGACCCCUGAUGAAUGUAUCCCUGAAUUCUACUCUGAUCCUCAAAUAUUCAUUUCCUUACAUUCUGGAAUGAAUGACUUGGUAGUACCUUCAUGGGCUGAUUCUCCUCAUGAGUUCAUUAGACUCCACAGAGAAGCUUUAGAAAGCAAUCAUGUUUCACGUGAGAUUAAUCACUGGAUUGACAUCACUUUUGGAUACAAGAUGUCAGGUGAGGCAGCUAUUGCAGCUAAGAAUGUGAUGCUUCCUUUUUCAGACACCACUGUACCUAGGUCAAUGGGCCGCCGCCAGCUCUUUUCUCAACCUCACCCUCCUCGUAGGGCUUCUUUCAUGGAAACUAAUGUUAACUCUAAUUCAUCUAUGCGACAAUCCCAACUUAAUGGAGUUGAUUGCCAGAAUGUCCUUCUAGAAACUUCUCAUUUACUAGAACUGGAAGAAACGGCAGCAUUUUGUGAACAUGCUUUGCACUUAAGUCCCCUAUAUUACGAUGAGAUAGGGAACUCUGUAAGCGAUGACCAUUGUGUAGUAGAAGCUCAAAAGGAAGCUAUGUAUAAAGCUACUGUCUUUGUUAAAUCGUCCGUGCCAGACAUAAACUCUAUCCUAGAGAACAUUGACGUGGAAGAUUGUGGUACAGUGGGAUACCAAGAUCUAUUGCUUUGGAGUGAGAAACUAUUAAAUUGUAAUGUGUCCUCAAAAGGGGCUGGAAGAGACAUAUUCUCUAUUGGCUGUAUUCUAGCAGAGCUUUAUUUAAAAAGGCCACUGUUUAAUUCAAUUUCUUUAUCUGUCUAUCAUCAGACUGGUGUCUUACCUAGCUCUAUUGGAGAACUUCCUCCUCAUGCUCAAGUGCUUGUUGAGGCAUGCAUUCAGAAGGACUGGAGAAGGAGGCCUUCUGCCAAAUGUCUUUUGGAAUCCCCAUACUUCACCAAGGUUGUCAAGUCAUGCUUCUUGUUUCUUGCUCCCCUCCAACUUCUGGCAAAAGAUGGAUCUUGUCUUUGUUAUGCUGCUUCUUUUGCAAAACAAGGAGCACUGAAAGCAAUGGGAACAUUUGCUGCUGAAAAGUGUGCUUCCUAUUGUCUAUCAUUUACAGUGGUUCCUUUGUCAGAUGCUGAAGCUGAGUAUGCCUAUGUAUUACUGAAAGAGUUUCUAAAAUGUCUUAAAGAAGAUGCAGUGAAGACAAUAGUUGUGCCCGCAAUUCAGAAGAUUCUACAGGCUACAGGUUACUCACAUUUGAAGUUUUCUUUACUCCAAGAUUCAUUUAUGCGCGAGAUAUGGAAUUGCAUUGGUAAACAGGCAUACCUGGAGUGUAUACAUCCUCUAGUAAUAUCAAACUUGUGGGUUUCUCCUGAUAAGAGUUCAGCGGCUGCUGCUUCUGUGCUGCUGAUUUGCUCCAGUGAAGAACUUGGAAUACCGGUUACCGUUCAGCAGACAAUUUUGCCUCUGAUUCAGUGUUUUGGAAGAGGGAUUUCAAGUGAUGGAAUUGAUGUCCUUCUUAGAAUUGGUGGGCUUUUGGGAGAGACUUUUAUAGUCACACAGAUUUUACCUUUGCUAAGGAAUGUUAUUCACUCUUGUAUCGAUGUUUCAUGUUUGAACAAGCCUGAACCCCUGCAAAGCUGGAGCUCUUCAGCCUUUGUUGAUUGUGUAAUGACACUGGAUGGUCUUCUUACAUUCUUGUCCAAGGAGGUGAUUGUUCAGGAGUUUAUAGAGCAUGGUACUUUUCUGCAUCUUAUGGCACUCAUGCAAACAAAUUUUGGUAUACAAGUCCUUCAGGUAGCUGCAACAAGUCUCGUUGCUAUCUGUGAACGGGUUGGCCCAGAUUUAACUGCACUACAUGUCCUUCCCAGGCUCAAAGGGUUGUUUGACGAACUUGCUUUCUCUCAGGAAAUCACUAGCGCUUCUGAUUCUUCAGGAAGAAGCAUAAGGGGCUCCAUGCAGAAAGUGGAUGUGGAGAAAAUCACAAGCCGCAUUGACCUUGUGUUGCUUCUUUACCCCUCUUUUGCAUCUCUUCUUGGAAUAGAGAAACUACGGCAAUGCUGUACGACAUGGUUGCUUCUGGAGCAGUUCCUUUUGCGCAAUUAUAACUGGAAGUGGGAAUACACGAGAGAGUCACUUCGAAGUAGCCCUGAAAAUCUAAACACAAAAAGGUCUGUUUCUAUGAAGAAAACACCAUCUGAUUAUGCCCCAGCUAAGAUGUUGUUAAACGGUGUUGGGUGGUCGGUUCCACAAUCUCAAGGCCAAAAGGGAACCAAGAAUUUGAUGCCGCCCAGUAAAAGGACAAAUGAACCUUUUCAGGAUCUUGUUGAGCAGCAUGCAUCGUUCUCAACCUCUGGAAAGGAAGAGCCCUGGCAUUGGUUUCCCAGUCUAGCAACCAACUGGGAUGCUCCUGAUUUUGUUGGACGUCUAGGGGGACCAAAAGACGAAUUACCAUGGAAGAUUAGAGCUUCUAUCAUACAUAGUAUCCGUGCACAUCAUGGAGUAGUAAGGUCAGUAGCUGUUUGUGCAGAUGAGUGUACAGUUUUCACUGGAGGGGUUGGCCAAGGAUUUAGAGGAACAGUUCUGAAGUGGGACUUGUCCAGGAUGGGCUGUACAAUUGGUUAUUAUGGUCAUGAAGAGGUUGUGAAUGAUAUGUGUGUGUUGCCAUAUUGGGAAAGAAUAGCUUCUUGUGAUGGAACAAUUCAUAUUUGGAACAGCCAGACAGGAAAAGUGAUAUUAAUACUUGCAGAGUCAUCAUCUGCAUUGUCUUUGCAUUCUUCUGGUGAUGGUGUUCAAAAUUCAGCAUCAACAAAUGUUAGUAGCGAGCAAGCUAAUGUAUUGAACUCUUCCUCGUCCAGUUCAGUAACAACAAAUGGCAUAUUCUCUUCUGUAUUUGCAUUUGAUGAGCGUCUAUAUACUUGUAUGCAUUACUUAAAGUCGAUGGAAAGGCUUGUAGUGGGUACUGGAAAUGGUUCGAUUAGAUUUAUUGACGUUCCUCAAGGUCAAAAGCUUCAUCUUUGGAGGAGUGAAUCUGGUGAAUCGAGUUUCCCUUCUCUUAUCUCCUGUUUAAGCUCGUGUGGAUCUGACAAAAUGCAAGGCAAAGAAGGCGGUCAACCCCCAUCUUGGAUUGCAGCUGGACUAAGCUCUGGAAACUGCAAAUUGCUUGACACAAGGAGUGGAAAUAUCAUUGCUUCAUGGCGGGCUCAUGAAGGGUACUUGACAAAGUUAGCUUCACCUGAGGAACAUUUGCUUGUGUCAAGUUCUCUUGACAAAACUUUAAGAGUGUGGGAUUUGAGAAGGAGCUGGAUGAAACCAGAGGCAAGUGUUGUUUUCAAAGGUCACAAUGAUGGUAUAACUGGGUUCUCCAUGUGGGGACAAGAUGUGAUUUCAAUAGCAAAAAACAAGAUUGGACUUUCCUCAUUAUCCCGACCUGCAGAUGAAGAUGGGCAGCAGCAGAUCAGACCUCAGUAUCUGUAUUUGGCAGAGCGUGGAACAAGAAAUAUGUCAGUUUUAUCGAGUUCAAGCAUAAUGCCAUUCUCUAGAUUAUUUCUUGUGGGAACUGAGGAUGGUUAUUUGAAGAUAUGCUGUUAGUUAUAAUUCUCAUUUAUGUGCAACAAAUCUUGUAAACUUUAGUUGAAUCAAUACAUGGUUCAUUUCAACUCACCCAAAUAAGUUAUUCUUUACUUUUUCAACAAAAGUCAGAAUUGUUUCAUAAAUGCCUUGAUCAUUCUUCCGUUCAAGUCUAUAUACAGAAUGAAUGUGCAUGCAGCUGUUACUCUUAUUUUUUGGGUAA